UAUUUAAACACACUGCUUAGUUCAAUACAACCUCAGUUCAAUCCUUCAGUACUUCUGCACACGCGUACUGAUCACUCACGAUUUACCGCGAUAGUAAUCCUCAGCAGCACCGGGCGAAUCACGACACCCGCAUCCUCCCAACUUCCCAAACCAUCGAUCGUAACUUGAACAUGAUGUUCUCAUCCUACCUCGCUGUCUUCACUACCUUCCUUGCUCUGGCGGCAUCAGCACCCACACCCUCACCAGCAUAUGCAACAGUCGACCUCCGCUUCAUCGGUCCCCAGAACACACGCUACUCAAGUUUGAAUCAGUCACCCAUGAGUGACCAAAGCCAACAUCUUACCAUCAUCGUCGGCCAGACACUAUCGCUCGACCACGACCCACUACACAUCCAGGGCCUGCAGAUCGCGGCGAUCAAGGCGGGCGAGUCACUGUCGUUGUUGCCUACAGGUGUUGUGGAAAAUGAUUGGAGAGUUGUAUGUUCAGCGCGCAUCGAUGGGAGUGAAGAUCUUUUCGAGUUUGACUUGAAGGAUAAGGGCAUGCUCCUUGCUGGCGGCAGGCUGGUGAAGGUGACUCGGCUGAGCUGUGCUGUCGACGAGGAGGCGGCACGAUGAUACUGUGGCCUGCUCGUGUCAUGCUGUAUAUAUCGUGGUGAUCAUACUU